AUGGUUUCCGGUCAUCAGAGCCCGUGGACAAAACCAACAGCUGUCGGAUCCUUCAACCCACAUGUGACCGAGUUUCCAAGAAAACGAAAAGGAAGUGAUUCAGACCCAUCCCAGUCAUUAGGUGUCCGGGAAGGUCAUCUGGAGUCUGAGAGACAUAGGAACAUAAGGUUGAUUUGCUUAACGUUUAUGGUCACAGUGAGAUGUUUGCCUUCCUACCCGAAAUACUUAACCAUGAGGAAAACAUCUUCUUGAAUGUUUGGCUGGCUUCUCGCCUUACUCAUCAUUUAGAGAAGCUCAUAGCCAGACCGAAAAGCGGAGGAGAGAGAAAAUGAACCACCUGAUUGAAAAACUGUCUGCCAUGAUCCCUCAGUGCAACCCCGUGACACGGAAACUGGACAAACUUACAGUUUUAAGGAUGGCUGUGCAGCACUUGAGAUCUUUAAACGGUAUGGCAAAUUCGUAUGCAGGAAAUAAUCGUAGACCUUCAUUCAUUCAGGAUAAUGAGCUCAGACACUUAAUUCUUAAGACUGCAGAAGGCUUCCUAUUUGUGGUUGGAUGUGAAAGAGGAAAAAUUCUCUUCGUUUCUAAAUCAGUCUCCAAAACACUUAAUUAUGAUCAGGCUGAUUUGACUGGACAAAGCUUAUUUGACUUCCUACAUCCAAAAGAUGUUGCCAAAGUAAAGGAACAACUUUCUUCCUCUGAUAUUUCACCAAGAGAGAUGCUAAUCGAUGCCAAAACUGGUUUGCAGGUUCACAGUAAUUUCCAUACUGCAAGGAGUCGUGUGUAUUCGGGCUCAAGACGAUCCUUUUUCUGUCGAAUCAAGAGUUGUAAAAUCUCUGUCAAAGAAGAGUAUGACUGCUUACCCAACUCAAAGAAGAAAGAUCAUAGAAAAUUCUAUACUAUCCACUGCACUGGCUAUUUGAGAAACUGGCCUCCAAAUACUGCUGGGAUGGAAGAAGAAAGGGAAAAUAAGAAAGACAGAAGCAACUCUACCUGCCUCGUUGCCCUUGGCAGGUUACGUCCAUGUAUUGGCCCACAGAACAGUGGGGAGAUUAAAGUGAAACCAACUGAAUUUAUAACCCGUUUUGCAAUGAAUGGAAAGUUUGUCUAUGUGGACCAAAGGGCAACGGCAAUUUUAGGAUACCUGCCUCAGGAGCUUUUGGGAACUUCUUGUUACGAAUAUUUUCAUCAAGAUGACCAUAGUAAUUUGACUGACAAGCACAAAGCAGUUCUACAGAGUAAAGAGAAAAUAUUUACAGAUUCAUACAAAUUCAGAGCAAAAGAUGGCUCUUUCGUAACUUUAAAAAGCCAGUGGUUUAGUUUCACAAAUCCUUGGACCAAAGAACUGGAAUAUAUUGUGUCUGUCAACACUUUAGUUUUGGAACACAGUGAGACUGGAGAAGCAUCAUUGCAUCUUUGCAGCUCUCAGUCAUCAGAAGGGUCCUCUAGGCAGUCUUGUAGUAGUGAGCCCGGCAUGUGUACUGGGACAGUCCUUGGUGCUGGUAGUAUUGGAACAGACAUUGCAGAUGAACUCCUGAGCGUACAAAGGUUACAGUCUUCGUCAUCCCUUGAUGAUUCAAGUCCAACAGAUUUAUUGAAAGAGACUCACACUACAGACAGCAAGAAUAUGUCAAGUAAGGAGCUGAUUACACUAAGUCCUUCUGAAAUAGGGGAGCUCGGGGCCACAAAGCAAAACCAGAGUGCUGUUGCUCCCCACAGUCAAGAACCACUCCUUGGAGAAGGUGCCCCGCUGGAUUUUGAUGCCCUCUGUGACCAUGACGACACAGCCAUGGCUGCCUUCAUGAAUUACUUGGAAGCAGAGGGGGGCCUGGGCGACCCUGGGGACUUCAGUGACAUCCACUGGACACUCUAGCACUUGAUUUAACUCUAAACAUGAGAAACAUUUUAAAGCAUUUCAUUUACAAAAGACUGUAUAUUCUUCUGUACUGUAUUGAUACUGUUUUCAUCUUUUAUUCCUAUUCAUGGUCUACCAUUUUUAUAGCUUUGCACCUGUCUUUCCCAGGGGUCUGGGGAAAUGUGAUGUUUCCCUUCAAAUUCUCAGAAUUUUCUAUAAACCACCGUACUCAUUGAAGUGGCUUAAAACCCACUAGUGGCUAUAUUUUUGCUAAAAUGUUUCUAACCAAGAAUAUCACAUGCACCUCGUUUCGGCAUUUCUUUAUUUUUUUUGAGCAGUUGUUUAGAGUUGGGGGAAUUUAAUGGACUGACAAUUUCCUUGUGUCUAAGAUUCAUUUAUAAUUUACUUAUAAGAGAAGACUGUGUAAUUUCGAACACUUCCAUUCCUUGUAUAUUUCCUUAAUUGGGGUUUGUGCUUAUCCGCCUUCAGGAAAUGGUAAGUACUUGAACAUUUAAAGGGACAGUGCAGUGUGUAGUGGAAAUGACAGUAAGUACUGUGCUCAGUCUUUGCAGACUUGGGCAAGCACAGAGCCAGGAUAGUCAUGCUCAGUUCAGCACUCCGAGAUGGAUUUUAAGUGAGGUGAUUUCUUAUCUAAAAACAAAACAAAACAAAUCAAAAAAAGGCUGAGAGAGUUUCAACUUUGCUUACAGAAAAGGACAGAUCUUAGGCCCUAGAUCUUGGUGAUUAACCUUUGUAUAUAAGAUAUACUCUUAAUAUAGCCACUCAAGAUUUUUAUCAGAGAUGAACAGGUUUUUGAUGCUGAAAAUGGAUUAAUCGUAGAGGAGGAAACAGGUCCAGGCAGCUUUAAAUGCCUGUGCAACGUCACAAUUAAGUUCAUAUGUCUUUGAAUGUUUAAUGUGCAUAACCCCGUUUCUUACUGCACAUUUGGGAAAGCAGUAGCCUCACUGGUUAAAUGAUUAGUUAACUGGCCUAGAAACUAGUUGUUGGCUCUCUAUAUUAUUAGGCAAUUACAUUUACCAUUUAUAUAAUUACCUUUGGUUACAGGCAGUAGUAAGUACAUUGUUAAAAACCAUGAGGCAGUGAGAGAGAAUUUAAAAGCCGAUUUUCUAGCUGUAAUUAAAAAUAGAGAGCACUUUUUAAACCAGUAAUUAAUCCAGAGGUGGCUCACAUUGAGUGUAAGAAUUAAGAACAUUUAAAAUGCUGUAUGUAUAUCUACCCUCUUGAAGAUCACACUUCCAUGAUGCCUGUGUUUUUAUGGCUCUUCCUUGUUGACCAAGUGUGUUCCCAUAUAUUCAGUUUUGUGCCCCACCAGUAAAAAUAAGUGGGAAAAAUCUGAGGCUCAGAUGCAGGGAUCAAACCCAGUUUUCCUUUUCUGUAUGUGCCUUCCCAGCAGAUUUCCCUCAGAGCCUGUCACCAAAACAGAGCAUGCUUUCGACCUUGCGUAUUUCCUAAGUAUAAGUAAUAGAUCAGACCGUUCCGAUGGGUUGAUGGCAAACACAGUAACAGGCAACAACCAAAAGCAAACGUCCCUUCACGCGUGACAUUCGCAGUGGCCGUGUGGGCAAGGGUGUCCUGGCCUGCUGUCUUGAGCUGAUAGAAUGUUCCAGCAACAUCAGAGGGGCAGCACCACUCCUGGUUCUGACAGUCACUUGAGGACUUGAGAGACACCCAGGUUUAGAAUAAACCAAAGGAACCCCACAAAAUGGGGGAGGUUGAUCUGUGGCAGCCUGAGUAUGAUGGUUAAGUCUGAUGAAGCUUAAGUGAUCACAUUUGUUCUCUUAAGUCAGGCAGGGGCGUCUGCCUACAAAUGUAACAUGUUAGGGGUCUGAGCCAUUGCUGGCUGGACUUGUCCUUCAGAGUUGGCCUCAGACAGUGGUAGCGGGAUAGGUCACUGUGGCCACAUGACCUCCAAAGCAGGUGGGGCGAACCCUCACGACGCAAGGGUCUGAGAGGCAGUUUCUGGAAUCUGGCCAUUGCAGUUUGCUUAGUAGCAUCUCUCUCUUUGCAAGAGGAGGGGUUAUUGCAUAGACCUGUGGGUGGAAAGCCAGUUGGAUGCUUUGAUCCUUUGGUAGCCCACUCUGAUAUUUAUCUCCAUGCCCUGGACCCAGAAUCCAGUCCAUACAUGGUAUGAUACUGUAGCUCUAAGUUCAGUGCUUUCUUCAAAAAUGCAUUCUAUUUACAUAUGAUUGCUAUCAGGAGUGACAUAUUUUCAUGGUUUACACUCUUUUCCUUUUUUCCCUACCAAUUAAUUUCUUGCCCUCUGAUGAAAAAUAUCUGCAAAUUUAAUGAAACGAUCAUAAAAAGAAUACUCUCUAUUUUUGUUUUUAAUUCUAAGAAUUACCUACAGUCAUGUAGUGGAGUGGGAGGAGUGCCUGGCAUCAGGAAGAAUGCCCGCUCAACCUACAUUUAGCUGUGUGACCCCAAGCAAGCCGUUUAAAGUCUCUGUACCUCAGUUUCCUUAUUUGUAAAAAGAAGUUUCAUCCCAGUUUACUUCCGGUUCCGAUUCUGGGGUUCUAAUCCACAGGACUCGAGCGUUAGUCAGAACAGCUAGAAAUGUGCUGUUCAUAUGAUAGCCACUGGCCAUGUGUGGCAACCGAGCCCUUGAAACGUGGCUGAUACAUACUGAGGUGUGCUGUGAAUGUAAAAUACAUACCAGAUUUCAAAGACUUCAUAUAGAAAAAAGGAAUUCAAAACCUCACAUUAAUAAUCUAUAUGGAUGACACGUUCAAAUAGUAUUUCGGAUAUCCUGAAUUAAACAUUAAAGUUAAUUUUAUUUUUUCACUUUUCUAA